GCCGCCUCUUCCGGCUUCACCGGCCGGACGGGCAGGUGCGACAGGUCCGGGAGAGAUGGGGCUGGUGCGGAAGAAGCCCAGCGGCGCGGUCCCGCUGCCUCUGCUCCUCCUGGCGGUUGCCAGAGUCCAGCUGCUGGAGAUCCAGGCCGACGCCCGAGUUCGGGCGUUUGUGGGUGAGCCGGUGACCCUCAAGUGCUGGUUCAAGUCCUCCUCCCCAGUCACAGAGAAGCUCACCAUCGACUGGACCUACCGGCCUCUUUCAGGGGGCAACUUGGAGCCGAUCUUCCACUACCAGUCCAGUGCCUACCCAGCCAAGGGAGGCAGCUUCCGUGACCGAGUCUCCUGGGCUGGCGAUGUGGCCAAGCAGGAUGCUUCAAUUACGAUCUUCAACCCAACCCCUGAGGAUAAUGGGACAUUCACCUGUUUGGUGAAGAACCCCCCUGAUGUGCAGCACAACAUCCCCCAGACCUUGCUGAUGGUCACCCAGAGAGGUUCCUCCUUCCAGCUGACGUCGUCCGGACUGCUUUCCAUCUUGGUCUUUCUCCCCUCUGCCCUCGUGGUGAUUCUGCUGCUGGUUCGGAUGAGUAAGAAAUUCGGGCUGAUGAAAGCAAGGAGGCAGCUUGGCUACAAGAAAUCUUCCAUUGAAGUCUCUGAAGGACCCAAGCGAGGUGGCUGCAGGCAGCGGCUGACUGGCUUUUGCUUGCAGUGCCUGGACACCGAUGAGGAGGAACCAUAUUGAUGGAAGGACAAGGAUUCCCUCUUGCGGUGCCACUGAGACCCAGCUCAGGAAGUCUCCAAUGAAUGGAACUUGCCCCCGCCCCCCGGUAUAAAAGUGACAAGAGGGGCCUGGACUAAUUUGAGCAGAUUUCAUUCCAUUCUAGGAAUGAUCCUGAUUUGAUGUUUUCCUCUCUGUUGGCUUUCUCUUGCCCUAUGAAUCAGCCUGGUGGAUGGGGCCAUGGAGGGACUGUCACAGCAGCCAGGCACUUGGGC